AUGGCAGGAAGGAAUCACACUGUUGUCACUCAGUUCAUUCUCCUGGGACUUUCUGACCUUCCAGAGAUACAGGCUUUAUUCUUCCUGGUGUUUCUAGCUACCUACGUGAUCACUCUGACUGGAAAUCUUCUCAUAUUCACCCUGACAUUGGCUGAUGCUGUCCUCCACACCCUCAUGUAUUUCUUCCUCAUAAACCUGUCCUUUCUGGAGAUCUGCUACACCUCGGUCACCCUGCCCAAGAUGCUGGCCAACCUCCUCUCGGAGGAUAAAACUAUCUCAUUCACUGGCUGUGCUGUGCAGAUGUAUUUCUUUCUAUUUCUAGGGGACACAGAAUGUUUUCUUUUGAGGGCGAUGACUUAUGACCGCUAUGUCGCUAUAUGCUACCCCUUACGCUAUAUGCACAUUAUGAACAAUAUCAGAUGCUCAGAGAUGGCUGCUGUGUCAUGGAUCAGUGGUCUCCUCACAUCCUUGGGACACACCUCAAUCAUAUUCAGCUUGCCUUUUUGUGGAUCCAAUGAAAUUUACCAUUUCUUCUGUGACAUCCCCCCAGUACUGAAGCUGGCCUGUGGGGUCACUUACAUGAAUGAAAUCACUGUCUUUAUGGUUGCCCUGCUAUUCAUAACAUUUCCCUUUGUGUUGAUUCUGGUCUCCUACCUUCUCAUCCUCCUGACCAUCCUGAAGAUGCCCUAG